AUGACAUUCAGCACAGCAUUAACCAGGAAGCUCGGUAUCGCAUUGCCCAUCGUCCAAGGAGGCAUGCAAUGGGUCGGAUACGCAGAACUCGCCGCCGCAGUCAGCAACGCCGGUGGUCUGGGAAUACUUACCGCACUGACCCAACCCACCCCAGAAGCCCUGCGCAAGGAGAUCCGUCGGUGUCGCGCACUGACCAAGAACCCGUUCGGCGUGAAUCUCACCCUACUCCCUGCCCUCGUUGCGCCAGACUACAGCGCAUACGCACAGGUUAUUCUCGACGAGGGCAUUCGCAUUGUCGAGACGGCGGGCAACAAUCCCGGGCCUGUUAUCAAUCAACUUAAAAACGAGGCGGAGAUGACAAUCUUGCAUAAAUGCACUACAAUCCGCCAUGCGAAGUCGGCUAUCAAGCUCGGUGUCGACUUUUUGUCUAUCGACGGGUUCGAAUGUGCAGGACACGUCGGAGAGCAUGAUAUAACCAGCUUUAUCCUUCUCGGUCGCGCGCGCCAGGAACUUGAAGUACCCUUUAUCGCAUCUGGAGGUUUCGCAGAUGGCCACGGGCUGAUUGCCGCUCUGGCGCUCGGCGCAGAAGGAAUUAACAUGGGUACGCGGUUUAUGUGUACGGCUGAGUCUCCUGUCCAUCGAAAGAUCAAAGAACGUAUCGUUGCAGCGGAUGAGAAUGACACAGAGUUGGUGCUCCGUCGAUGGAGGAAUACGCAGCGGCUCUUUAAGAAUGGGGUUACGGCGGAUACACUGAAUGUUGAGAAGACCAGUACCUCGGGGGAGUUCAGCGAGGUUGCUCCUUUUGUGAGUGGAAAGCGUGGGCGUGAGGUGUUCUUGAAUGGGGAUCCUGAGUAUGGGGUCUGGACGGCUGGCCAGUCUAUUGGGUUGAUCCACGAUAUCCCUACGUGUGGCGAGCUACUCACUCGAAUUGAGAAAGAGGCUAGAAGUGCGAUGGAUCGCAUUCGACGUAUGGGCUCUGCACAGAGCACGCUUUAG